AAUCUCAAGAUUGGGACUUGCAAUAAUCAAACAAUAAAAAAACACACGACAAGGCAGAAAAUAUCUUGAAUGAGUUAACAUAAAAAAAUAUCAAACCCUCUCUCGAAGUUUCCUUCUCUAACUUCCAUCUCUCUCCCACAAAGAUAUUUUGUUGUGCAUUGCAUUUCCCUUCCACACAAAAAAAAGGCCAUUACUCCUCAACUCUCACAUAUUUUCUGAGGGAAACCUAAAUUUUCUACUUUUUUUUCUCUAGUGUUCGAUGCUGUAGAAUUGAAGGGUGAGAGAGAGGGAGAGAGAUCGUUGAAGACGAAGCGGUGAUCGAAACAGAGGAGAGAUCCGAAAAUGGAAGGUGGAGGAUCCAACGUUAGAUCUAGCUACUACAACGUCCUCGGUAUUCGCAAAGACGCCUCUGUUUCCGAAAUCCGCACUGCUUACCGUAAGCUCGCCAUGAAAUGGCAUCCCGAUAGAUACGCGAGGAAUCCUGGUGUCGCAGGAGAAGCCAAACGCCGGUUUCAGCAAAUCCAAGAAGCCUAUUCUGUCCUGAACGACGAAAAUAAGCGCUCCAUGUAUGACGCUGGACUAUACGAUCCCCACGAAGAUGAUGACGACGAUUUCUGUGACUUCAUGCAAGAGAUGAUCUCAAUGAUGAACAAUGUCAAAGGCGAGGGAGACAGCUUGGAGGACUUGCAACGGAUGUUCACAGAUAUGGUUGGUGGAGAUGGUGUGAGCUUUGACUGUAACAACAAUCCAAAGGAUAGCAAAAGACCACGUGUUAAUAUCUCAAGGAGUAGUGCUGCGAUGCGUUAGUACUUUGCUUCUCUUGUCGUGUUGGUUGUAUUAUCAUACUAACUUUCAGUUCUCAUUCCGUGUUCUACUUUCUUGUGUUAACUCUCAAGGCUAUAAAAUAAAAUAUCUUUGGAGUCAA